GGGCACUUGUGAUCAAAUUGUAAGAAGCCGUGGCACGUGCUAAGGACUGACGUCGCCACCCAGCUAUUCCCCGGACUCGCCUGGCACGACGAGCACAAACAGUCCCGCGGCCCGACACCAUUUCUACACGGAUCGCUGCAGGGAGAGGACGAGAUGGUGGGCUCUGCCGGGAUCCUGGCCGCGGUGCUCUCGGUUUUGCUGAUUCCUUCUGCCCACGGAGCCUACCGCUCCGGGGCCGUGACUUUGCGGACAGACGACGGCGUCGUGCAGCAACUGGCGUACUUCGCGGCACAGGAACUCAGGGCGCAACUUUUACGUGUUACCAGCGCAAGUCAACAGUCAUACAGUAGCGGUGGCUGUCUGUACCAGCUGGAUAUAGAGAUAACACGUGACCAACGACGCACGGUUGAAGAAUGUCAAGUACAUGUCGUUAAGCAACGGUCAGGUUACCGCAUGACAGAGAGCAGUUGUCAGGUCCAGGUGGCGGCACAGUCGCUAAACAUGAAGGGACCUGCUGGACCACAACAGGCUUCAUUGCAAUCUCGCUCAAAAAAAUCGGCGUCUCAAGCAUCUACUCGGAGAUCUCAGUCGAAGCAACAGUCCAGACUUAGCGGUGAGGCGCCACGGCAAGGUCGGCUUACAGGCUUUACAGUCAGAAUGGGUUCUGGUAAGAAUCAAGGCGGUACGCAGGGAUUUGGAUCCCUACAGCAAGGAAAUCAAAAAGCUGGUGGAGCCGGAAGAUUUGGAUCUUUGCAGCAGGGCAACCAGAAAGCAGGUCAGCAAUUCGGAUCGUUGCAGCAAGGUAAUCAGAAAGCGGGCCAGCAGUUUGGGUCACUACAACAAGGCAACCAGAAAGCAGGUGGCCGACGGUUUGGCUCGUUGCAGCAGGGAAAUCAGAAAGCUGGUGGAAGCGGGAGGUUUGGCUCGUUGCAACAGGGCAACCAAAAGGCGGGGCAGCAAUUUGGAUCGUUGCAGCAGGGCAACCAAAAAGCUGGUGGAAGCGGGAGGUUUGGCUCGUUGCAACAGGGCAACCAAAAGGCGGGGCAGCAAUUUGGAUCGUUGCAACAGGGCAACCAAAAAGCCGGCGGAGCAGGAAGAUUUGGCUCCUUACAACAGGGCAACCAAAAAGCAGGCCAGCAAUUCGGAUCGUUGCAACAGGGCAACCAAAAAGCGGGCCAGCAAUUCGGAUCGCUACAGCAGGGCAACCAGAAGGCGAGCCAAGUCACCGGACCAUCAGACUUUGGUAGGCUGCAGCAAGGAAAUCAGAAAGCAGGGGGAGCAGGGUUUGGUUCUCUGCAGCAAGGCAAUCAGAAAGCUGGAGGUCCUGGCUUUGGCUCAAUCCAACAAGGGAACCAGGGGAACCAGAAAGCCGGUGUAGUUGGGCCUCCUCAGGACACAGGAAGAUACAAUGGGUUUGGUGGGAGACAGAUUCUUCCGGCAUCAGGACUUGACACGUCUACUUUCUUUCCAUAUGGUCCCGGCAUGGGCUCGAAUCAAGGAAACCAGAAAGCCGGAGGGGCUGGACAAGGUUUUGGUUCUCUGCAACAAGGAAACCAGAAAGCUGGAGGGGCUCGACAAGGUUUUGGUUCUCUGCAACAAGGAAACCAGAAAGCUGGAGGGGCUCGACAAGGUUUUGGUUCUCUGCAGCAAGGAAACCAGAAAGCUGGAGGGGCUGGGCAAGAUUUUGGUUCUCUGCAACAAGGAAACCAGAAAGCUGGAGGGGCUGGGCAAGAUUUUGGUUCUCUACAGCAAGGAAACCAGAAAGCCGGAGGGGCUGAUCGAGGCUUUGGCUCUCUACAACAAGGAAAUCAGAAGGCCGGUGGGGCUGGUCGCGGAUUCGGCUCACUGCAGCAGGGUAAUCAGAAAUCAGGAGGGGCUGGACAAGAUUUUGGUUCGUUACAGCAAGGAAACCAGAAAGCAGGAGGAGCUGGUCGAAAUUUUGGUUCCCUGCAGCAAAGAAAUCAAAAAGCUGGUGGAGCAGGUGGUGGAUUCGGCUCUUUGCAACAGGGUAAUCAGAAGGCCGGUGGGGCUGGUCGCGGAUUCGGCUCACUCCAGCAAGGAAACCAGAAGGCCGGUGGGCAAGUGUCUGGUUCUAUGCAAGGCGGGGGGAAGAACUCACGUUUCCGUCAAGGCUCCAGUUCAAUGAAUCAAGGUAAUCAAAAGGCAGGUGGUGCCCGGCAAAAUGGAGGGUUUAGAGGCUAUACAUCUGGCUUCAUGGGUCCGAUUCUUCCAGCAUCAAGUGGUGGGAGUACAGUAGUCUAUCCAUCCGGCUCCAGGUACACAGAGCAGACCAGACAGUCCCAAGUAAAGACAAGUGGGUCCGGAAGAAUGACUUCUCAACAGACCGUCUUCGGUCCGAGUCAGAAAAAUGGCAGACCAAGUCAAUCAAGUUUUGGCUACAUUGAGCAAGUAGCACAACCUCCGGAAAUAGUUCAUCCACAGAACUUCAACGCUGGAUACCUUUUGAGUUCUCUAAGAACUCAGCAACCUAAACAGAGCUACUCCUCAUACAGCUAUUCCUAUGGCAACGGAGGAAAGCAAGCAUCGUCGUCAAGCUACAGCUAUAGCUACAGUUACAGCUACGGGGACCAACCCUCUCUACCGAGCAAAGACUACCCCAUGGAUGAAUACGGCGCAGCUGCUUUCGCCGUCGACAGGAUGAACCAGAUGACCAGCUUCGAUGAGAUCUACGUCAUGGGUGAAUUGACGGACUCCAAGACUCAGACACCAGUUCCGGGCACGACGACGUAUGACCUCCACCUGACGAUAUCUCCCACAGCUUGUCCCAGAGACCACAAAGCGUUUGCAUCUGAAAUGACAGAUAAAUGUCCACCUGUAGAUGGAAAGGCAUAUGACUGCAAGCUGAGAGUGACGGUGCAGACUCACCGAGAUGGGAAGACCCAGCGGUCCUUGGACGACUCUCGAUGUCGGCAGUUGUAGGCCGUCGCUUCUGAUGAUCUGACAACAUUGCCGGAUGAAGGGACUUGGCUAUGAGCUAGACCGUGCAACGAGAGUGAGAUAUCUGUACCAUUCUUUAUCCCAGAUGUUCAUCUCUCAUUUUGCAACCGUCAGGAUCGAUUACUGUGGAUUAUGAGUGUUCUAUAGCCUAAACCUGUUCUUUAAAUGGUUUAAUGAAAGAAGCUUUCUGUUUUCGAAUUGUAAAAGACAUUGUUAGAUAAUAGCUUAAGAUUGCAGAAAGAAGCAUUGGGAUGACCUAGCUGGUGCUAUGAAUAUUGAUAGCUCUAUGAUAUCUGCAUACAGUUUAGGUCAGGUUAAGAUAAUCUAAUGGUUACUGAAUCUCUAGUUCGAGAACUAUCAGCCUGGUAUUGAUGGCCUGGUGUGACUUAAGGCAUUAACUUUCCUUCACAGUACAUGGCUGUGUACAUACAAAUCUUUGAGCAGUCUUAUUGGAUAAUAGCAUAGCAUGCUAUGAAAGAAUUUUCCCGAAUGCUGACGUGUAAAACAGUGUGACAUCACGAUCAUUAAGUUUCGUGAGUAAAAGUGUAUAAGUUGAUUUACAUAGUUUUUCGAGGACAUGUUACAUGUGAUUGUACGACAACAAAUAUAUAUAUAGGAUUAACUUAUGGUUUAUGGACAGUACUAAGAUAACUUCUAUUGUUUAUAUACCCUGUUUUAGAUCCGGAUGGAACAUGAUAUAUUAACUAGUUAACGUCGUGAACCAGUACAGGUGUAACAUUACGUAUGUGGAAUUCAUGACACUGUGCACUAUUCAUAAAUGCGCUGUUGGGGUUCAGAUUCAAGCUGAGUUCUGUAACUCUUGUUGCCUUAAAAUACUGCUGGCGUAUGACACAUCAAAUCAUUUCAAGCUGAAUGUAGUGGCUUCACAUAUAGAUUGUCAUCAUCCCGUGUUCAACUAUGGUAUGUUCGGGCGUUACGUUUUUUGAGAUGUUGCGCUAGAUGUGUAUACUAGAAUUACAUCAUUGUGUCUUGUUGAAGACACGUUUAUUUGGUAUUGACAAUUGAAAACCAUGUCUACCAUUCCGAUGGAAAUUCCCUCCAGUUGUCUGAAAUACAUGUGUAUUUGUUAACGUUGA